GCGCCUGUGCGUUACAUCACAACCCGCGAGCGUAUAUCAGCCGCGAACAGGGCAAUCCCACUUCGGCGUCCGCGCGCAAGAGAAAACAUGCGGACACUCCGCGUGCAGAGAUUGCUUGAUGCUGCCUACGUACACCAGCGCGCGAGACAGCCAGCUUCUUGAAAGUUUCUGACGCGGUGAUCUGAAAGCUCGUGGUCUGUUGAAGCAAGCGCUCGCCAGUAAAAAAAAGCAUUUUAUGAAAGUAAAGAGCUGGAGCUCACUUUAGCCGUGUGUCGCCAUGGAGAGGAACGCCGCCUGAGCGCUGCUGGACACUAACGCGCUGGAUUUGAGAAAGUUGUCAAAGAGAAGUUAAGUUGUCCGCCACCCGCGCCAGCGCCACGUCUCCGCGCGCUGCGGGCAUGGACCCGCCGCAGCAUCUCGUGACCAUGUACUUGCUGUUCGCGUCCCUCGGGCUGCGUAUGGAGAAAGGCACGUGUCAGCAUUAUUACGUCCUCCGACCCAUCCCCAGCGACAGCCUGCCGCUCGUGGAGUUAAAAGAGGACCCGGACCCCGUCUUUGAUCCUCGAGAGAGGGACCUGAACCGAACCGAGCUGCAAAUGGUUCUGGGAGACUUUGAUACACGCUUUCUGUCCGUGGCGCCCCCGCAGGCCCGGUACACGGGAAGCGAAGAGCUGGACGGGUCAGACGCGCAGCAGAGCCCCACGGGACUGAUGCCGCGCGACAUCAGGGCGUUGGACUUCGAUUUUCAGUUCGGUAAGAAGCGCAAGGCCAGCAAGAAGCUGAAGCGACGUCUGCAGAUGUGGCUGUGGUCGCACUCUUACUGCCCGGUCGUUUACACGUGGAACGACCUCGGGAGUCGCUUCUGGCCCCGCCAUGUCAGGGUCGGGAGCUGCUACAGCAAGCGCUCGUGCUCCGUGCCCGAGGGCAUGGUGUGCAAGCCUGCCAAGUCAACCCACGUCGCGAUCCUGCGGUGGCGCUGCGUGCAGCGGAAAGGCGCGCUGAAGUGCGCGUGGAUACCGGUGCAUUACCCCAUCAUCACCGAAUGCAAAUGCUCGUGCUCGAACUGACAGCUUUUUCCCCCACGUUUCCUGUCGUUAAGUUAUGAUUACGUUGUAAUUUUGUUUCUGAAUGCACUAUCAAGUGUAAGAAUGUAUUUGUAUGUAUAUAUGGCGCCAUGUGAAAAUGAUAGCUACUUGUAAAAAAGCCAGUAUUGUGUGUAAUCAGAGUCUACUGUAUUUGUGGAAAAUGUCGGUUAACGUUUGUAUUUAUGGUGUUAAGAGUGGGUGCGUAGUGGAGAUGAGACACUUUGUGCGGUUUCCCACACUUUCGGAAACGCUGAUCUGUCGACCUCAAAUUUAUUACGAAUUUUUGUGUCUCGCAUCUGUGACGGCUGUAUUCUAUUGCUAAAUGUCGACGUUUUAUCCUGUAAAUUAAGAGCAAUCUCUAUUUAUUCUUUAUAUUCAUAUAAUAAAAUGUCUGAAUA